UCUCAUUUGCUAGUACAUAAACGCACAUACUCUCUUUCGCAAAAUAUCCACUACGAUAGUUUUCUUCAGCAAUCACACUCUCUCUUUGUUCGAGUACCAACAAUGGCCCUUCAAGCUGCUUCUUUGGUCUCCUCUGCUUUCUCUGUUCGCAAAGAUGCGAAGUUGAAUGCUUCUUCAUCAUCUUUCAAGGACUCGAGUCUUUUUGGUGCCUCCAUUACCGACCAAAUCAAAUCCGAACAUGGAUCUUCCUCGUUAAGAUUCAAGAGAGAACAGAGCUUAAGGAAUCUAGCAAUUCGAGCCCAAACCGCUGCGACUUCAAGCCCUACAGUUACAAAAUCCGUGGACGGCAAGAAAACGUUGAGGAAAGGAAAUGUGGUGGUCACUGGAGCCUCGUCUGGGUUAGGUCUAGCCACGGCUAAAGCUCUAGCUGAGACAGGGAAAUGGAACGUGAUAAUGGCGUGCAGAGACUUCCUUAAAGCCGAGAGAGCUGCUAAAUCCGUAGGGAUGCCUAAAGACAGCUACACAGUGAUGCAUUUAGACUUAGCCUCGUUGGACAGCGUGAGACAGUUUGUUGAUAAUUUCAGGAGAACAGAGACGCCUCUCGAUGUUUUGGUCUGCAAUGCUGCGGUUUAUUUCCCGACAGCUAAAGAGCCUACUUACAGUGCUGAAGGGUUUGAGCUUAGUGUUGCGACGAACCAUUUGGGACAUUUUCUUCUCGCAAGGUUGUUGCUUGAUGACUUGAAGAAAUCUGAUUACCCUUCAAAGCGUCUCAUCAUCGUCGGAUCCAUUACCGGGAACACGAAUACAUUGGCGGGUAAUGUACCACCGAAGGCGAAUCUCGGUGAUUUGAGGGGUUUAGCCGGCGGAUUAAACGGUUUAAACAGCUCAGCUAUGAUUGAUGGAGGAGAUUUCGACGGUGCAAAGGCUUACAAAGACAGUAAAGUCUGCAAUAUGUUGACAAUGCAAGAGUUUCACAGGCGUUUCCAUGAAGAAACUGGAGUCACUUUCGCUUCGCUUUACCCCGGUUGCAUCGCCUCCACAGGUUUAUUCCGAGAGCACAUUCCUCUCUUCCGUGCCCUCUUCCCUCCCUUUCAGAAGUACAUCACUAAAGGAUAUGUCUCCGAAACAGAGUCAGGCAAAAGACUUGCUCAGGUGGUGAGUGAUCCAAGCUUGACGAAAUCAGGGGUUUAUUGGAGCUGGAACAAUGCUUCGGCUUCUUUUGAGAACCAGUUAUCAGAAGAAGCAAGUGACGUUGAGAAGGCUCGUAAAGUGUGGGAGAUCAGUGAGAAGCUCGUGGGCUUGGCCUAAUAAACUUGAAGUCUGUUAAAUUUGAUGACACCUCUCGGUACCAAUCGAAGAAAUCUAGUGAAUUUCCGGGAUUUUUAGAUAUCUGAUUCUGUUGCGAAGUUUUUUUAUCCUUAUUAGUGUCUGUUGAGUGUAGAUUGCUUGGCGAGUAGCCCACAAUAAAGAAAUAAAAAUGGCGAAUCUUUAGCUUUAUUUACUCUGUUUUUCAUCGAAACAGAUUCAGUAAUAUAUACUCUGUUUUUUCAUCUUACAUUUGUUUGCAAAACCGAUAUUAUCAACUUCUCAGUAACACAAUUCGUUCCUGAAAGAGUGCAAAAAAAAUGUUCCUCUACAACA